AUGUCGUUCGCUGGACAAAACAAAGGCUACAAGUACAUGCUCACAGUUAUUGAUAUCUUCUCAAAGUACGUGUGGGCUAUAACGAUAAAGAGCAAGUGUGGAGAUGAUGUUAAGCAGGCAAUGGAAUCUGUGCUUGUCCAAGGACAGGUACCGAAAAAUUCACACGUCGAUAGAGGACCGGAAUUUUACAACUCGAAAUCUGAAUCUCUUAUGUCACGCUACGGAAUUGAACUUUACUCCACGUACAGUAAUUUGAAGGCUUCGAUCUGUAAACGUUUCAAUCGUACGCUGGAAGGUGAAAUGUGGACACCGUUCAGCAUGCAAGGAAGCUACGAGUGGCUCGACAUCUUACCCGAUUUGAUAUCGACCUACAACAUCACGAAACAUCCAAGCAUACGAAUGAAACCGUCGGAUGUCACCGUUGCAAACGAAAGGCGGAUAUUCCAAAUCUACCUCCAGUAUCUAACCGAACUCCGUAUCGUUCGGGAUGGCAAGAUCGUCGCACUCUCUGAAACCUGA